AUGUCUACAUCAAGAAGCAAUGCAGAUAUCCACAAGUUUUAUGAAUAUCAACGUGCACGUUUGAACUUUGUUGCUGAUUAUUAUGAAAAUCUCGCGGAACAAUUAAGGAACGCAGACGCGUUAACGCUGAUCAGACAAUUACAGAAUCGUAAUUUUUCAGAAUCACAAUUAACGACACAACAUGGAUUCACUCAACAAAAUGUAGAAGUUAAACAGUUGAAUAAAGAAUUUGAAGUUGAAGAUAUCAAAAAAGAAACGACAAUAGAACUUCAGCCAAAAGAAAAUGGUCAAACUUUUCAUCCCAUUCCUAAACAUGAAGUAUUCAUAGGUGAUUCUACGCAUGAUCGAUUUGAUUUAACGAACGUUGAUAAAAACCAGCAAAUGAACGUUGUUAAAACUGAAGAAAUACAAGAAAAUAACGUUAAUAUGCAAGUUAUUCCUGGACUGCAAACACUUUUGAAUGACGUAACUAUUGAUCAGUACAACGUACCGAUGAAUGAUUGUAGAACUCAAUGA